UACCCAUCUCUGGACUUAUUUGACACAUGUUUAAUAGUGACAUGCGUGAGUUAAAUUUAAUCUUAAUUUUUUGUUUAUAAAUAAUUAGUUUUUAAAGUAUUUCAAUUUAGGUAAAGAAAGUAUUAUAAUUUGUAAUAAAUUCUAUAUGUUAAAAUAAUAAGUGAUGGCAGAAAAAUUACGAAGAUAUGAGAAAAUCGAUUACUUGGGAGAAGGACAGUUUGCCACUGUUUACAAGGCAAAAGACACCGAAACGAAUAAUAUCGUUGCUGUUAAAAAGAUUAAAGUGGGAAGUCGAGCAGAAGCCAGAGAUGGCAUAAAUCGUACAGCGUUGAGAGAAAUAAAACUUUUACAAGAAUUAAAACACGAUAAUAUUAUUGGUUUAUUGGAUGUUUUCGGUUACAAGUCAAAUGUAUCGCUUGUUUUUGAUUUUAUGCACACUGAUUUAGAAGUUAUAAUAAAAGACACAAAUAUUGUCUUAACGGCAGGAAAUAUUAAAUCCUAUAUGAUACAAACAUUGCAAGGUCUUAAUUAUUUGCAUUUCAAUUGGAUUCUUCAUCGUGAUUUGAAACCAAAUAAUCUUCUUGUUAAUAAUGAGGGUAUUUUAAAAAUUGGUGAUUUUGGUUUAGCUAAAUUUUUUGGCUCGCCAAAUCGAAUAAAUACACAUCAAGUUGUAACAAGAUGGUAUAGAGCACCGGAAUUAUUAUUUGGUGCAAGACUUUAUGGAACUGGUAUUGAUAUGUGGGCCGUUGGUUGUAUAUUAGCGGAAUUAUUAUUACGUGUACCAUUUCUACCAGGAGAAUCGGAUUUAGAUCAAUUAACUAGAAUAUUUCAGACUUUAGGAACACCAACUGAGGAAACAUGGGCGGGAAUGACUGAAUUACCUGAUUUCAUUCAAUUUAAACCAUUUCCGGGUACGCCAAUUAGACAUAUAUUUACUGCCGCUGGUGAUGAUCUUUUGGAUCUUUUGGCGAGUCUUUUGAAUGUCAAUCCAAAUGAACGAUGUACUUGUGAUCAGGCAUUGCAAAUGCCUUAUUUCAGUAAUAAACCGGCACCAACACCUGGGGCAAAAUUACCUUUACCAUUGUUCAUUCGUCAACAACCUGAGGAGAAGCCUAGUCUUAAAAGAAAAUUAUUAGAAUCAAUGGAAGGUGGAGCGUCAUUAGCAAAAAGACUUCAAUUCUAAUUGUGGGAAUAAUUAGAAUUAUCUAAUUUAUAUUAUUUUGUAAAUAAACUUUUAUAUUAUUCAAUU